AAGGGCCGGCUCGGGGCGGGGCGAUUGCCAACUAGGUCUGGCUGAGUGCGCGCGUCCUCCCCACUUCGGGGCGCCGCAGCGACGGACCCCCCGCCUCGGUACUUCCCUCCGCCUCCCCUCGCCGGGCGCCCGCGCACCAUGUUUUCCAGCCCGCGGAGGUGGGGCGCCGGCAGCGGCUACGAGCGGGUCCCCGCGGGGCCCGAGGCGCAGAAAUGCAACCCAGAGAAAAGUGCUUCAUUCUUCAGCAGGAUGACGUAUUCCUGGUUUAGCAGAGUAAUUGUUUUAGGCUAUAAGAAACCUUUGGAAAGAGAGGACCUUUGUGAGCUACAUGAAAGUGAUUCUUCCUAUAUUGUGUGUCCUAUCUUUGAAAAACAAUGGAGGAAGGAAGUCUUAAGGACUCAAGAGAGGCAAAAAGUAAAGGCAUCCUUUCUUAAAGAGACACAUGCCAGGAAACCAUCUCUGGUCUAUGCAUUGUGGAAUACUUUUAAGUUUGUCCUGAUUCAGGUUGCUUUAUUCAAAGUGUUUGCUGAUAUUUUGUCCUUCACUAGCCCGCUCAUAAUGAAGCAAAUGAUCAUUUUCUGUGAACAUCGCCCAGAUUUUGGAUGGAGUGGCUAUGGUUAUGCUUUGGCACUUUUUGUUGUAGUCUUUUUGCAAACCUUGGUCCUUCAGCAAUACCAACGUUUUAACAUGCUCACUUCAGCAAAAAUUAAGACAGCUGUAAUUGGACUCAUCUACAAAAAGGCCCUACUUCUAUCUAAUGUUUCUCGAAAGAGGUUUUCAACUGGGGAAAUUACUAACUUGAUGUCAGCAGAUGCCCAGCAGCUCAUGGACUUGACAGCAAACCUCAGUCUCCUCUGGUCAGCCCCUUUUCAGAUCCUGAUGGCCAUAUCACUUCUUUGGCAAGAGCUGGGUCCAGCUGUGUUAGCAGGGGUGGCAGUCCUUGUGUUUGUGAUACCAGUAAAUGCUUUAGUUGCAACUAGAGUCAAAAAGCUAAAGAAAAGCCAAACGAAGAACAAAGAUAAACAGAUAAAACUACUCAAUGAAAUCUUACACGGAAUUAAGAUUCUCAAGCUUUAUGCAUGGGAAUCUUCCUAUCAAAAGAAGAUUAUUGAAAUUCGAGAACAGGAAUUGGAAGUACAAAAAUCAGCUGGGUAUCUUGCUGUAUUUUCUAUGCUGACAUUAACUUGCAUUCCAUUCUUGGUGUCCCUGGCAACAUUUGGCAUCUAUUUCUUAUUGGAUGAAGGAAAUAUUUUAACAGCCACCAAAGUGUUUACAUCUAUGUCUUUGUUUAAUAUUUUGAGGCUUCCUUUGUUUGAUUUACCAAUGGUGAUCUCAGCUGUAGUCCAGACAAGAGUAUCAUUGGAUCGUUUGGAAGACUUUCUCAACACUGAAGAGCUUCAUCCUCAAAAUAUUGAAACAAACUAUAUAGGAGAUCAUGCCAUUGGUUUUACAAAUGCUUCCUUCUCCUGGGAUAAAACAGGGAUUCCAGUACUAAAAAACUUGAACAUAAAGAUUCCAGAAGGAGCUUUAGUGGCUGUUGUAGGGCAAGUGGGAUCUGGAAAAUCAUCUGUGCUUUCUGCCAUUCUGGGGGAAAUGGAGAAACUUACAGGAGUUGUUCAAAGAAAGGGUUCAGUGGCUUAUGUUGCCCAGCAGGCCUGGAUUCAGAAUUGCAUUUUACAAGAAAACAUUCUCUUUGGCUCCAUCAUGCAGAAGCAGUUUUAUGAGCGAGUAUUGGAAGCCUGUGCUCUCCUUCCUGAUUUGGAGCAGUUACCAAAUGGAGAUCAAACUGAGAUUGGAGAAAGAGGUGUGAAUAUAAGUGGGGGCCAGAAGCACCGAGUAAGUCUGGCCAGAGCUGUGUACAGUGGGGCUGACAUCUACCUCCUGGAUGAUCCCUUUGCUGCAGUUGACGUUCAUGUUGGAAAGCAACUUUUUGAGAAAGUGAUUGGGUCCUCAGGUAUUUUGAAAAACAAGACUCGUAUUUUAGUGACACACAACCUCACACUUCUGCCACAGAUGGAUCUGAUUGUUGUAAUGGAGAGUGGCAGAGUCGCACACAUGGGAACGUACCACGAGCUGCUGUCUAAAACCAGAAACCUCACAAAUUUGCUUCAGGCCUUUAGUGAACAAGAAAAAGCUCAUGCUUUAAAGCGAGUCAGUGUAAUCAACUCCAGAACUAUACUGAAAGACCAAAUCUUGGAGCAAAAUGAUAGGUCCUCACUGAAUCAAGGAAAACAGUUCUCAGUGAAAAAAGAAAAGAUUCCUGUUGGUGGGGUGAAGUUCUCAAUCAUUCUGAAGUACCUCCAAGCCUUUGGCUGGCUCUGGGUGUGGCUGAGUGUGGCUGCUUACCUUGGGCAGAAUUUGGUGGGCGUUGCACAGAACCUAUGGCUUAGUGCCUGGGUAAAAGAAGCAAAACACAUGAAUGAGUUCACAGGAUGGAAUCAAAUAAGAAGCAAUAAACUUAACAUCUAUGGAUUAUUGGGACUAAUGCAAGGUCUCUUUGUCUGCUCUGGAGCCUAUAUACUCACCAGAGGAUCCCUGGCUGCCUCUCGAACUUUGCAUACUCAACUGCUAGAUAAUGUGCUGCACCUCCCGCUCAGGUUUUUUGAAACCAAUCCCAUAGGCCAGAUCAUCAACCGCUUCACCAAGGACAUGUUUAUAAUUGAUAUACGUUUCCAUUACUACUUGCGGACCUGGGUGAACUGCACAUUGGAUGUUAUUGGAACAGUUUUGGUCAUUGGGGGAGCUUUACCACUCUUCAUUCUUGGGGUUAUUCCCUUGAUGUUCCUCUAUCUCACUAUACAGAGAUACUACGUGGCGAGUUCUCGGCAAAUUCGACGGUUAGCAGGAGCUUCUCGCUCUCCCAUCAUUUCACACUUUAGUGAGACCUUAUCAGGGGUGUCCACUAUCCGGGCAUUUGGACAUGAACAGAGGUUCAUCCAGCAAAACAAAGAGGUAGUGAAUGAGAACUUGGUCUGCUUCUACAAUAACGUAAUUUCAAACAGGUGGCUGUCUGUCAGACUGGAAUUCCUUGGCAACUUAAUGGUAUUCUUUGCAGCCCUGCUUGCUGUGCUGGCUGGCAAGUCGAUAGAUUCAGCAAUAGUUGGUUUGUCCAUAUCCUAUGCCCUAAAUAUUACUCAAUCUCUGAAUUUUUGGGUGAGGAAAGCUUGUGAAAUUGAAACCAAUGCAGUUUCCAUUGAAAGAGUUUGUGAAUAUGAAAAUAUGGAUAAAGAGGCACCCUGGAUAAUGUCUAAAAGGCCUCCAUCACAAUGGCCCGAGAAAGGGAUAGUGGAAUUUAUUAAUUACCAGGCUCGAUACCGAGAUGAUCUUGGUUUAGCAUUACGAGAUAUCUCUUUCCAGACUCAUGGUGAAGAGAAGAUUGGAAUUGUGGGACGGACUGGAGCAGGCAAAUCAACACUUUCAAAUUGUCUGUUUAGAAUUGUGGAAAGAUCAGGAGGCAAAAUUAUUAUCGAUGGCAUUGACAUAUCAACUAUUGGACUUCAUGACCUUCGGGGCAAACUUAAUAUUAUUCCACAGGAUCCUGUUUUAUUUUCUGGUACCCUUCAAAUGAACCUGGAUCCCCUAGACAAGUAUUCUGAUAGCGAGCUGUGGGAGGUGCUGGAACUGUGUCACUUAAAAGACUUUGUGCAGUCACUUCCCAAGAAGCUGCUGCAUGAGAUUUCAGAGGGAGGUGAAAACCUCAGCGUUGGACAAAGGCAGCUUGUCUGUCUUGCUCGUGCUUUGCUUCGAAAAACAAAAAUCCUCAUUUUGGAUGAGGCAACAGCCUCCAUUGAUUUUGAGACUGAUACCUUGGUGCAGACCACGAUCAGGAAAGAGUUCUCUGACUGUACCAUCCUGACGAUUGCUCAUAGACUGCACUCUAUCCUUGAUUCAGAUAGGGUACUUGUUCUAGACUCUGGAAGGAUUACGGAAUUUGAAACACCGCAGAAUUUGAUAUGCCAGAAAGGACUUUUCUUUGAAAUGCUAACAGAAGCUGGAAUAACACAGGACUCAGUGGCAAAAUAAUAAAUACUUUUAGCUAUAGAUUGAUUAUACUGAAUACAAAAUAGAUUAGUAUUUUUAAAAAUAGCAAUGGGGGAACUGCACAAAGGCAGGCCCCCGGCUACAUGUUGGCAUAAAUACCAAAAAACAUCAGCGUUCCAGCUACGCUGGGAUGCACCCAACCUUCUCUCUUCCACUCGUGCCUCUGGAGUGUCUGCUUUCUCCACAUUGCCCAAAGUGCUACAUGCCACGUAUCCUUUAAGUCUCUGACUUCGUUCAUGAGUCACCUUCUCUGUGAAGUGUCCCUUGAUUUCCUCCCUGCUCUCUGAUCUGAUCUAGUCCCUCUCUGUAGUCUCACCAACCCCGUGUGCCUACUGGUGUCAUGGCAGGGACCAUGCUCUAUUUUAAUUAUUUUAGUCUGUCUUCCCACUAAAGCUACUUGAAGGCAAGUACCCAAUGUCCGUCAUCUUUAUAUGUUGGGUUUCUAGCAUAGUCAUUUUCAUCUAGUUGACACCCAAGCAAUGUUUGAAGAAUUAAUGACUUGGCAUUUUCGAGUAAUAUAAUGCAGGUAUUUAUAGACAGAUGUGAUGUGUGUUGAGCUGCUGUACAGUGUAUAAAAUGAUGGGGGAAUCACAGAAAAAAUAUUAGGAGUUAUUCAGUCACUUUUUAGAAAUUAUAACUAUAUAUUAACUGUUUUAUGGCGUACUUUAUUUUAAAAUAAUAUUUUAUAAUAUUUCUUACUAUUGAUUUUGAGUAAAAACCAUACUUUCUAUGCAACAUUAUUUUUUUGGCUGGAUUAACCUCAGUGACUUCGGAAUCAGAUAGUAUACAUUCACAAGAAGAUUGUUUUCUUGUAAUACUAAUCAUGUUUUGAAGGACUUUUUAACUUAGUAGUUUUAUUGUAAUAGAAGCAGUAUUAUUUCUUGAAUUGACCUUCAGAUUUGAAGUAUUCAAAUUUUAAUGGUAUUUUCCUUUUAAGAUGAUUUUAAUAAAAUAUUUUAACAUGUU